AUGAACAGGAACGAAGAAAUUCUGUCCAAGGCAACGCCUGACUUUAUAUACAAAUUUUUUACAGAACCCAGCUCAGAAGAAAGCAUAGGGGCAAAUCAAAUUUUUUUAAAAGUGAUAGAUGGCACCAUCCCACCACAGUACUAUGCCAUUGUACACGUGGGGACGGAAGAAGCAAGUAUGACCACUGCACCUAUAUCUUAUGUAAAAAAAUUAAUAGCUAUAGAAAAAUUUUCCAUCACAAAUUACUAUGGAAAGCUUUUUAUAUUAACAAAAAAACUUCGGGUCCUUAUGAGUGUAGAUUAUUUCGAUAUUGAGGACCUGUUUAGGAGAUACCAGCUUCAGAGUAUAUCCUACUUGUUGCUGAACACAAAAGCUGAAAACGCUUCUAAGGAUGGGGGAUCUAGACCUGUCAGCGAAUACAAUGGAGAAGGGAGAGCCAGAACUAGCAACAUGAUUUCCCGCUAUUCAAGUGAGCAUGGAAAUGAGAGCAAAACGAGGGAGAGUAAUUAUUACCCCCGUGGAGGGAGCGCAGGGGCGGGGGCAGGAGCAGGGGCAGGAGCAGGAGCAGGGGCAGAAUACAGUAAUACUGCCAUUCCGCCAGCUAGCUAUUCCAAAUUGAGUGAUCGCCAGGAAGGGGACACCAGAGCUGACAGCUAUGACAGGUAUCAACGAGUGUCGGGAGAAAAUUUGAUCAAGGAGCCGGUGCCCAAGAAUAGCAGUGCUGCAUAUGAGGAGAGGCCUCCCUACGGGGAUAAACCCUCUUACGGGGAGAGGCAACCCUACGGGGAUAAACCUCCUUACGGAGAGAAGCAACCCUACGGGGAUAACCCCCCUUACGGAGAGAAGCAACCCUACGGGGAUAAACCCCCUUAUGGGGAGAGGCCGCCGUAUAGGGACGCCCCGCAAAACUACCACCACGGCAGAAUGGCAGAAGAUAAGGGAAGGGGGAAGCAAUUCCCCGAAAGGUUGAAUGACCCCCCCAGCACGGCCAAGUUCGCGCAUGGCGAGAGUUCCACCGGUCGCGACUAUCUCCCGUACGGUGCAAACGAAUUGGAAAGGAACCCCCGCGAGGCCACAUCUCUCUCGCACCAAAAGGACCCCACUUCGCAGAGGGCGGGCCAGCCCUACAGCAAUCGAAACAACACCGCUGGGUAUGACCCCAACAGCGCAAAUGGUGCAAAUAGUGGAAAUGGUGCAAAUAGCGCAAAUAGCGCAAAUAGCGCUUAUGGAAAGAACCACUACAGCAGCGGUAAGAGCAGGACGCAUAACAUCGCAGGAGAGCUGAACAACGGCAGAAGCGGCAGCAGUUACGAUCCCGGAGUCGGCCCCCCCAUGGGCUCAAGCGUGUACAGAGAAGAACCCCCUUUGGGGGAAAGCAUUAGUAGAAGUCACCCCAAGGCGCGCACGAGCAACACGAACGCCUAUAUGUACGAGGGGGAAAUGGAGGAGGGACCAGCUGGGUUGGGAGCAGCUGGAUUGGGGGCAGCUGGGCCGAGGGCAGCCACCGCCGGGGAGUACAAGGGCCGGUAUACCCCCACUGGGAAUAACCCAGAGAGGGGCCCCCCCGAAGAGAGGAGCUAUUAUCAAAGUGGCAGGGGGAACAGCAACAUGAGCAAGAACGCAAGCGGGGCGCAUGACUACUAUAGCUACCCCCCACCACGUGAUGCAGAAGAGGGGGGUAACUGCAGAAGUGUGGACGAUGAGACGUAUUACGGAAGGAUGGGAGCUCCACACGGGAAUGGAAGCGGAGGAGGAAACUCGAAUGAGGUGGGUACGAAAAUGGAUGAAGGGGGAAGAAAUGGUAGGAAUUACAAUGGAGAGGUGGCGAAGCUUAGUAGGAGCGAAGAGGCGAUACAUGAGAGGUAUGUUCCUUCUGAGGGGGCAACCAGUGGAGGAGGUUACGGUCAUAGGGGGGGGAGCAAUUACGGCCCAUCCGGUGUAGGAAGCGGAGGCAAUGAUAAUAACGGAAGUGGUCACCGGGGAGGGAUGGAACCGAGCAAGAAGGCAAGGAGCGAAAGCAUGGGAAGUCUGCAAGAAACGAAGGAAACACUAAACGAUAUGGAGGAGUACCCCACGGAGAGGAGGAGCGACACAAAGAGCAUGCUGAAAGAAAAUACCUCCAGUAGGAAUAGCAGGAAAUGCGCCCCCUACCAACAAACCAACAAUCCAGUAAUAAAAAUAAAUGAUGGCAUUUUAAUGCAAAUAAAUAAGCUGUCCCAGUAUUCAUCCAAAUGGAUAAUCAAGGCAAGGGUUCAGUCUAAGGAUAAUGUGAGAAGGUUCUACUCAGGAAACAAAGAAGGGAAGGUAUUCAACAUCGAAUUGUGUGAUGAAGAUGGAGAAAUAAAAGCAAACUUUUUUGGAAAAGCAGUGGACAAAUGGUAUGACUAUCUCCAAGUAGGAAAAAUAUAUAAAAUAAGUAAAGGAAAUGUCAAGGCAGCUAACAAAAAAUUUAAUACAUUAAAACAUGACUGUGAAAUUACGCUAGACGAAAAUUCAAUUAUCGAACUGUUGGAAGAAAAUGAUAAUAUCCCCAAAUUUAUUUACAAUUUUGCAUCUAUAGAUACUAUAAAAAAUAUGAAUACAGGUUCGCUAGUAGAUGUGAUAGGAGUAGUAUUCAGCUUCCAAGAAACGAUGCAAAUAUUGAUAAAAAAAACAGGACAAUAUAAAGAGAAAAGGGAUCUAAUUCUGAUAGAUGAUAGCAACGAAACGAUUAAUGUAACUCUGUGGGGAGAACAUGCUUUGAAAAUUGAAGAAGUGCAUCUAAGAGAUAACAGCAUAAUCUGCUUUAAGUAUUUAAAAGUUGGUGAGUGGCAGGGAAAAAAACUGGAGUCCCACCCAAAGACAAAGAUUGACGUGAAUCCAGAAAUUGAGAGAACCCAUGUGCUACAGACUUGGUGGAGUAGUAACAAACAGAACCUUUACAGCUCGGUGAAUGUGAAUACGAAUAGCUUCCAUAUCGAGUUACAAAAAACUAUUGAAGAAAUUAAAAAGGAUGUUAAUUUGGCUAAUGAAGAUGCCUUAUCAGGAAAAGGAAUCGUUUUUACGACUUUUGGUUUCAUCGAUCAUAUUUAUAACUCCAUCCCUGUGUACUCGGCUUGUCCGGAUUGCAAUAAAAAAAUGAUUACAAAUGUCGUGGAGGAGGAAGAGGACGAUAUUAAUUCCUCCCAAAUGAUGGACCAAUCUAUGUACUGUGCCAAAUGCAACAAAAAUAACACCCCCAUAUAUAACUACUCCAUUAAUCUUAAAAUUACAGACAGCACGGAUUCCUUGAGGGCCUCUGCCUUUGCUGGAUGUGCUCGUACUAUCAUGAACGGCUUGUCCGCUGACGAGUUCAUGGCCCUCAGGCAGGAGUACGUCACGCAGGAAAAUAUUGAGAACUUCGACCUCAUUGAGAAGGUCAAGCUGAAUGAGUUUUUUUUUCGCAUCAAGGCUUACAUGACGUCACACAUGGAUGAGCUGAAGAAGAACUACACCAUUAUAGAGAUCAUCCCACUUAACAAGCUGCUCGUGGACAACUGCAAGUAUUUGAUCCGGUCCAUCCGCAGCCUGACGGAGAAGCGGUGA